AUGUUCCCGAAGCUCCUCCACCGCUUCUACGGUUCGAUCCUCCUCCUCGAAACUCUCGGGCAGGUCAGAGGUGACCGUCGAAAGGCAGAGAUAAUAUCGAACGAACCAGGGCUUCAUAACAGGAGGCUUCGCCACCAUUUCUGCAACGCGCUUGCGUACAUUUGUGCCUUUGACACGGGUUCGGAUCAUGUCACCGCCAUCGCCCUUGAUGCUCAGCCGGGCAUCACCAAGGUGCUUAUCGCAGCUAACAGGGGCGUUCCCAACGAGGUCUUCGAAUUUUUGCAGGAUAUUUUGUCUAUCUUGCACUCUAUUGCGAAGGGAUCCCCCGACGAAGAAAUCGUUGAUGCCCAAGACAACAUACUUCACAAAGUUGUCAGCCUUAACCAGCCUCGAAUCCGCCGCUACCAUGAAGUGGCUGUCGAAAUGUAUGAAUCGUGCGGCCCAAUCAUGCAAUCCGCCCGCAAAGAACUUGGUGCCAAGGUACCAGGUCAUCCAAGGGUCUCCGAGCUGGACCGAGUUGGGGCGUUCUUGAAUCGUUUCUUCACCUCCGGCAAGUCCUUAAAGGAUGAAUAUGAGUGCCUUGAUUUAGUGAAGCAAUGCCAUGGGCUUAGAUAUUCGGGCAUGAUCGACACUUUAGACUCAUUUGCCGCCCAUGGGCAAUCGUGCCAAUCGAAAUUUCAACGUCUUCAGGAGCUGCUUAAAAAGCUUGGAAAGCAUGCAACCUGCUCUAGAAGACUUGUCAGCGCUGCAAAGCAGCUGCCUGAAGAAUUUACCGGUAAUUUUGAGGUCAUACCUAUCGAGCCAUCUUCGCCUAGCCCUAUCUGUCUCCCGUUAAAGAAAGCGUCCGUAGAGAGCAUUAUUGGCCGGAUGACACCGGACAAAGCAAGUCAAGAAAUGAUGGAAAAUAUGCUCAAACAGCGCCUUGAUCAGAGCACAGAUGAAAUUACACAGGGGAUAAGUGAAAAGCUCAAAACCAAGACACUGAUACACGCUGAACUUCUCCUGAUGAGCUACAUUGAAGAACAUGGCUGCAACUUCAUUGAGCCUGAUGAUAAAUAUAUAGGUUGCAGCAAGCCGGCAUGUUACCUCUGCAGUUUAUACAUCUGCCACCAUCCGGGGAAUUAUUCGCUGCCGGACACGUCAAAUAAGCUGUACAUCAAGUGGCGAAUGCCAGAUACCUAUUCAAGCCACAAGAGCGCUGCUCGAUCGGCUCGUGAAAUGGAGGUGAUACUGGAUAAAAUGAUUCAGGAGAUCAAAAAGAACUUCAAAACGGACGUGAUGAGGCCCAGGCCAAGGAAUAUGCACGCAGAUUCGUCGGCGGAUAUGACCACUACUGUGGAUGGCGCUGCUAUGGGUGCGGGCGAUUCUGGAUUGCAGCCCAUUCCCAUGGAUUUACAAUCGCAUAUAGAAGCGUUGAGUUUGUAUCACACGCUAUAUACUCAAAGCCUCCUCGGCACCACCAACUACUUCCCCAACGCUUCCCCACAGCCAGAACAGCAUCAACCGCCCCCCAGCGGACAUCUAGAGUCCCAAUUUCAAUAUUCAUAUCCAUAUAUACCCCAAAUCUUUCGUGCGCCCAUUCCCGUGCCUUUCCCUAGUCCAAUUCCUGAAAUCCCUUCCUCUUCCGCCUCUUUUGCUCAGUCCCAUGUUUCCACUCCGUUAUAUCCCAGUAGUAUUAGUGGCGGUAGUAGUGGAGGAAGCCGCAACUACAUCCACAAUAACAACAAUAGCAACAGCAGCAGUGGCAGAGGAGGGACAGUAUCCGGGAGAGUAUCCCAGCCGACCAGCGAUAUUGCCAGCCUCAACAGCGGCCGAGAGCAACAAAACCCAAACCCGCAAAAGGCGGCCAAGAGACCCGGGUGGAGAGGGCCACCCAGUCAGCGCUGGGUUUCUGCACAUCAUUGA